CACGUGGGAGCUAUACCAACAUGGCAGCCGAAUUAUGUGGCAAUUCUUGAACCCCAAACGGAAUUCGAAGUUAAUUUCUACGUUUUCAUUAUGGGGAAAGACAAGAAGGGUAAAAAACGUUCGACCGGCUUGACAGAAGAUAUCCUUGAAUCAAAAAGUGUUAGACCUUCAGGAAGAACGAAACAACGAAAGGAUAGACAGGGAGAAUCGGAAGACACGGUAAGAUAAGAUAUUUUUGAAUUGAUUGUGAAAUUCGGUUCUCUUUUCAGUGAAAGCACUAUUAACUUUGACUAUUUAGCGUAAGGGUGGAAAGAUUUUUGACUGCACUUGUAAGUAGCAUUUCCAGAAGGUCAUAAAAUUGUUUACACAAAGUAAGGCUUGCGUGUUUGUCGUGUGCUAUACUGUAUAUAUUUACGUAUCAGCGAGAAUGAAUUUGUAUCAACAAUCGUGGUAUUCUCACUUUUUCUUAGGAUAGGCCUGAGGUUUUUUCUUUUAAUUAUACCCAUAUCCGCAGUUGAUAUGAGCAUUACCGAGACGUUUUUGGUUUGAAUUUGUCUAUCGUCAGCCCGUGCAAGGCUCCUUGAGCAUGUUGGUGGACUCAAGUGAAAGAGUGAGCAAAACUAGCAAGCAAGCAGACACGGGAUUUGGGCUUGUUUUAGAAACAGCUGUGUUGUAUUUUUCUUCGUGCUUCGGCUUUUUGUAAAAGUACCAUUUUUCGUGUGCUCACAUUUAAACUUAUCUUUAGUGACUGCGAGCCUUUAACAGUCUACUUCCUUAUGUUUUGUGAUGUUAUUGAUUUUGACAUUGAUUUUGACAUUGAUUUUUUAUACAAUAUUUAAUUUGAAAUGUGUCUUUAAUGUAUGAACCAUAGUCUUUUGUAUGUCAACAGUUUGUUGAAGAAAAGCUAUCAAGAAAAAUUCUAGAACAGGCAAGAAAGCAACAAGAUGAAUUGGAAGCAGAGUUUGGUGUGGCUUCUGGCUCAAACAAAUCAUUAAAGACAGCACAAACACGUCUAGGUCCACCUGAGUUACAAAAUUUGGAUGCAGACGAGUUGGAAUCAGAUGAAGAUGAUGCAGCAUCAGUUGCUAGUGAACAGUUCUAUGAAAACAUUGUGAGUUAUUGUUAUCCCUUUUUGAUUCUAUGAUUAUGGUGAUCAAUAAUUUGCAUUUAUGUAGCAGUCACUUCUGUAGAUCUUGAUGUUUCAACUGUAUGCCACUAGUCUUCUCUAGAUGAUCAGGUUGAAUAGAUAUACAUCACCUCCUAAUAGGUUGAUCAAUUUGAAGCUUAAACACCCAACAACCAACAAAAUGAUUAGCUCCCAGUUGGCUUGUUACAGUAGUUCAUGUUGGAGCUUUGAACUGAUAGGUGUGUAAAGUAUAAUGCUCUGCUGUGAUCCUUGUUGAGUAGCUGAGAUUUGCUUCUCUGUGCUUUACAGGAAGUUGAUGAAGAAGAUGAACAAGCAUUUGAAGUAUUUAUGUCAAAAGAUACACCAGCUAGGAGAACUCUGGCUGAUGUGAUCAUGGAAAAAAUUCGAGACAAGAAGACAGAAAUAGAAAGUCAAAUGUCAGGUUUGAGAUGAAGAUCUUCUACAGUAUUUACUAGGAAAGACUCAUCUCAUGGGUUUUUUUAUUUAUUAUUAUAAUUACUCCCCAAGAUGUAGGAAGGAUUAGAUAUUAAUUCUUUGCACUGGCUGCCAUAUAUUUCUUUAAAUUUUAUAACUUGGGAUUUAAUGCGAAAUUAAAUUAUAUCCCCUUGCUGAUAUUUUCUCACUUCUUAUCACCUUUCUACCUGAAAAUAUAUGGAUGGAGAAAUUCAUUUUUAUCACUCCAGAUAUUGAGAGGCUCAUUGGAUCAAAUAAUGGGUUUAACUUACUUGAAAAUUGGAUUUUAUUUUUUAUUCAUUUUUGUCACAGAAAGAUCUACAGCUCCACAGAUGGAUGAGCGGCUUGUUGAAGUUUUCAAAGGGUAUGUAACUAAGGAGCAUGUAGCUGUGCUUUUAUGUGGAAAUUUAAGAAGGAUCCAUCUUCACUUGACACAAAUAUAUGCCACUACUAAUUUUCUUUUUAACUUAGUUGAACAGUUGUUCAAGGUUUUUUUUUUGUCUAGGUGGAGAAUCUGAGGUCAUUGUGUUAUUAAUGUGAAAUGAUACUUAAAAAACCAAAACCUGGACAUUUGAGAAAAUCUCAAUAUACAAAUUCGUAGAAGAUUUGGUUGAUAUUAUGAAGCUAAAUUUUCCAAAUCUAAAUGUUGUCAAUCCUCCUUCAGAAUCAAAAGUAAUAAGAUUAUUAUAAAAACAAGGAGAGUCUGAAUUACUUCAAAUUAAAAGUAAAUUAAUGUUUGAUGUGUUUAUAGUGUUGGACAAAUCUUGGCUAAAUACCGAUCUGGGAAGUUGCCAAAGGCUUUUAAAGUUAUUCCAUCUCUCUCAAAUUGGGAGGAGGUAAGUUUAAAACAAGGAUCCAGUACAUUAUUUCAUUUUUCAAUGCCUCAACAGGGAUUUGACCCUUUAACUACCAUGAGUGACCAAGAUAGAAUUCUCCUCACAAUUUCUAUACAAUAUCACGCAGAAAAGUGAUGAGAAUAAAGAGAAAUAUAAAUUAGGGGAUUAUUAGUUGAUCCAAUAACAAAUUCUCAGAACUAAAAUCGUAAGAAUUGUGGCGGUCAUUUAGGAGAAUUAGUAAUGAGAUCUUGGGUGUGAAAGGGUUAAUGUUCAGAGCAUAGUCCUAGCCCUCUUCUCUGCCAUUCAUUUGACCAGGUGCCUUACCCCUCUCUCUAGUGAAACCCCUACCUUGAAAGAAUUGAGGAUACUUUAAGGUACAUAUACUGUUAACUGUUCAGGUGCUGUAUAUAACAGAACCAGAGAGGUGGACUGCAGCAGCCAUGUUUCAAGCAACAAGGACAUUUGUGUCAAAUCUCAAUGUUAAGAUGGCUCAGAGGUUUGUUUUAAUGCCAUGAAGAUACUAACAAUGAUUUAAUUUAAAGUUUUUUUUGUGCUGCUUAAUGUUAUGAAGCACAUGCAAGUUUUUCACAUUUGGGCCUCAACAACUAAUUGAAAAGUUUGAGAGAGUAUUGUGUUAAAGGAAUGAUGUUUUACACAAGCUUUUAGAAUGCGUAUAUGUGUUCUGUUUAUUGGGGGAUUUUGGGUGGAGUUGAGGGAAGAGGUGAUUUCUUGUUGUUUUUUAAUCAUUUAGGAGUAAAAUUUGUUUUUUGUAAAUUGAUUUUCGACAAUUAAAGUUGCCAAUUUAUAUUAGAAAAAUCGUUUUGAAUCACAGUGAACAUGUAUUUUGUCCAUUCUACUGCUAGAUUCUUCAACUUAGUGUUAUUACCAAGAGUGAGAGAUGACAUUACAGAGUACAAACGACUCAACUACCAUUUGUACAUGGUAAGAACAUCUGAUAUGAAUAUUUUAAUCAGUUAACCAUUGAUACAAUGUCAAUUAACCUUCUCUCUGUCUUUUCCAGGCUUUAAAGAAGGCAUUAUUCAAACCUGCAGCUUUCUUCAAAGGAAUUUUAUUACCCCUGUGUGAGGUGAAAUGAGUGUAAAUUUUGUGAAUUUUGUUUGUAGCCUUUAAUCUGCACAAAAUUAUGUCUCUUGGAAAAAAAACAACAACAACAGUAAUCCCUCAAUCUAUUGAGCUCUCAGGCAAAUGGAGAAGGAAAUAUUUUGCAAGCAAACAAAGUGUCACUUUGUAUUCUUAGCAGUCGUAAAAACUAGUUCCCAGAAGAAAUUUCAGUCAUCUCAAACUACAAAAAUUAUUCCCACAAAAGACAAAGAGACACACUUCAUUAUUCUGCAAUUGUUACUUUUCACAUCAGAGGCUUGGGUAUCAAGUACAUCAGAUUGUAGGAAUUAUGUGCCUAGGGUUGUGCUGCUGGUGAACUCAUGACAAUUCGCUGAUUAUUUUAAAUUUAAGUGGCUUGAAUUAAUUCAGUAUACAGCUUGAUAACAGUCUCCUCCGCAGCAGUUGUCAUGUCUAGCCGCACAAAAAAAAAAAACAAAAAAAAAAAAACAUGAGGAGAAAUCUUACCUCUCGCGUAUUCUUCGCGUAUUUCUCGCGUAUUCUUCGCGUAUUCCUCGCGUAUUCUUCGCGUAUUCCUCGCGUAUUCCUCGCGCUUUCCCGGGUCGUGCUUGCCUCAAAAACGCAAUAGAGUGGCGCAAGUGGUGCAGAGUACACAAGACCAAAAGUUUACUGCGAAGGAUACUGGAUAGAAUAAUUUAGCAAGAUUGUUCUUCUGAGUGAUAUGUAUCAGAUAGUCUGAGGAGGAGGGAAAUGCAACAAACUACGGUGACGUUUUGAAAUAUUUUUUGUUGCUUUUUAGUCACGAACAUGUACCUUGCGAGAGGCAAUCAUCAUAGGAAGUUUGAUCUCCAAGACUAGUAUACCAGUUUUACACUCCAGUGCUGCUAUGUUGAAAAUUGCUGAAAUGGAUUAUUCAGGUAACUUUUCUUCUUCCUGUUUGUUUUUAUUUCUCAUAAUAAAUAAGGUUAAAUGAGUGUAGCCUUACAAUUUGUUCACCCGCACACAUGUUUCAAGACAGUCUAAAGUUAGGCUUGAUCAGCCGCUUCUCAAGAAAUGAGCCCACGCUCUUCCUCCAAAUUCCCUCUCUCAGGGAUCGGAAAGGCGGAAGUCUAUUCGAAGUUGAAGUGAACUGUACAUUUUUAUACGUGCAUCUGUUUUAAUGAUACGUUAUCCAUGGUCUGAUUUGCUUGAUUAUAUUUUUCGCUAGGUGCAAACAGUAUUUUUUUGCGACACUUUUUUGACAAGAAAUACGCGUUACCCUACAGAGUGAUUGAUGCUGUCGUUUAUCACUUUUUACGGUGAGUAGUGCGGUCGGAGACUUAAAUUAACGUAAUAAGGUCUUAUAUUAGUGGGUCGUUAGCAGAGCCUAUUCCACCCAAAACGAUUACUGUAGCUUAACUUUGAGGCAUAUAUAGAAUUUAAAAUAUAACAAUUUCAAAAUGUCUCCGAGAUUCACCCCUAGGGCUUCAAACGAGGCAGCAGAAAGGGUGUGUAGCGUAGGGAUCCUACGACAGCGGAAGGAGAGCAGGAUGGUUUGAUUCGACCGUUUUCAUACUCGUGGGGAAUAAAUACAUUUAGGGAAAGCCCAUUCACCUUGUUAAGCUCUUGCUUAGCUUUGCGUCAUUGAUAAGAGGGAGUUAAAUUUAUUGCAUUUUCAUUUCAACCCAGGUUCUUAUCUGAUAAGCGUAUUCUUCCAGUCCUAUGGCAUCAAAGUUUAUUGACAUUUGUUCAGAGGUAACUUUGGUGUAUUAUUAAAAUUUUCUUCGUUAUGUUAAGCUUUUAACUGAUUGUGAACGUUUUAUUUAAAGCGUUAGUGUUACUCUUGAUGUUUUACUUUGUCGUCGAUCGUAAUGGUGACGACCAAUAGGAGACCUCCUUUAGGAACAGUGGAACUCCGUUAACUGCUAACUGUCCUCGCAGUGGAUUUUCUUAACUUGUGAGGGGGGAGGGUAGAGGAGCUUAGGCGCACGUUGAAGAGGUUCAGAAGGAUUUAUUUUUAAGACUUUUUUUUACGUGACGUUGAAUCUUACUAUACCGUAUAUACUCAAUUAAAAGCCGCGGCGUUUUGAAAUAUUUAAGCCUUACACAUCAUAUUUCUUGAUACUGAGACCAGUUAGAUCCAUCAGUAACGGUAAAUCAUUUGGCCAGCUACAAUCAAUCGUUUGCAAGUACUAUAAUUUUUGUUUAGCUCUCGUGGCUUGCUCUUUUGCUAAGAUAGAUUCUCGAUGGCCUGGUUUGUGAUUUGUACACGUAAAAUUGUAAUUAUUGUUUAGAUUACCGAUUAAGGGUUGGAAGUAAAUUUGGUUUCUAAUAAUUCUUUUCUUAACUCCGCAUUGUUCAAAUUGAGUGCAGUUUUUAUUCAAGAACGGUAUCUACGGGUGAUUCUGCUUCCAUCUGCGGUGUCCAUCCGGAGACGGCUUUCAAUUCAAUAAAUACUCUACGGUUUGCUUUAGUGGACCGGGAAGAAAUCACCAUACAUGUAAGACUGUAUCAAAGAAGAGCGCGGAUGGUUUGGGACAGAGAAGAUUAAAACGGAUUUAUCGCUCGCACCACAGAUUAAUAAAAGGUGUUGCAUAUGUUGCAGGUAUAAAGAGGAUGUAUCCAGUGAACAGAAAGACGCUUUGAUGGAAUUAUGUAGAGCGCAGGUCCAUGAUCAGGUAAACCGAGUGUGUUUUUUGUUCUUUGUCCUUCUCCGAUUGUUUUCGGCCUUUUAGUUUUAGCCAGAACUAGACCUGGUUUUGGAUCAGUAUCAGUAUCUGGGCAACUGCCCACCUACCCCUCCCCUAACCCAACAACAGUCAAUGUUGGGUUAGGGGAGGGGUAGGUGGGCAGUUGCCCAGAUACUGAUAUUGAUCCCUGAUUUUUUACUAAACGUGGUCUGCCCUCGGUCGGUUGGUAGCUAAAUUUUUAGGGAUAGUCGCCAAAUCUGUGUUCGGCAAACAACUGGUUUGUUAACUUUUUAAUUUUUUCAGUAAUUUUCAUAAUCUGCGCUUAAAAAAGGAUAUACAUUUGCAUGGAAUAUCAUCGGUUCCCCGUUGUUGCAUCUUUCUCCUCGUUUUAUGACAUACGAUUGCCGGCACUGUCCUCUAAAAUUUUAUUUUUGCAAUCAUUUUCGAAUUCCCCAGCGAAUAGCAACUUUGGAAAACCUUAAGCUUGAAGCACUGCAAAGAGUAAUGUAAUGUUCCUGAAGUAACGAUGCUCAUACAUGUAUUGAAAGACCUGUGUUUGAUCGCUUUCAACUCAUUGAGAUUCUUUCUCUUUCGUAGAUUACCCCUGAAGUUCGUCGAGAGUUGAGCCACUCCAAGUCAAGGGAUGCAGAAAUAGAGCCCAUGGAUGUUUAAAAGACAAUUCUUCUCUACAUUAAUUGUUUACUCCUUAGCUGCAGAACUAAUUGGAAUUUCCAGAAAUGGAACUACCGUCGAAUAGACUGCCCAGAGCACAUGAUUAUCCAAAAAACUGGAAUUAACCCCAAGGGUUUUGUUAUGGCGCAGAACGCUUGACAUUUAAACAAGCCAAAGUGGUUGUUAGCAACAAUUUGUGCUGCAAAAAUGGGUCAUCGUACAUUUUAUCUCUUUCUUAAAUGUUUAUGCAAACUAUUGGUUUUGCAGCGAAUAAGUGGUGAUAAAACGGAUCUUUGCCGGAAUUGUCUCGACCAUGUGGGUAUAACAAGUCUACGAGGGUCUACGAAAUCGCUGUUUUCGUGCAUCUUUGGAAUUUCGUUAACUCUCCAACUUUUGUGAUCAAUUCAAAGAGGAGAUACGAAUACUUGUACGUGAGAAUGUUUCUAGCUUACCUAUGGAACGAUUCAAAAGAGAGUUUGCCACUUUCACGACCUGCAAAUAGCUCUUUUGCAACCAACGAAUAACUACAGGUCACAGACUGAGAGCUUUGAAGUUAGAUGAUACUUUGAAAAUCCGUCCAAAGAUAAACGAGCUCAGAGUGCCUCUUUGAGUUAGUUUUUUUCUAUUAAAAAAAGUAACUCUAUGUUAGCGUGUAGAGUGGUAUGUUGCCCGCACCGAUCAGAUCGCCGCAUUUGGGUAUGUAUCUCGCACCAAUCAGAUUGCCGCAUUAGGGUAUGUAUCUUGCACCAAUCAUAUCACAGCAUUCACAUCACACACAGAGGGCAAAGUCCAGAUGGGCAAUAACCAAUCAAGGAGCACUCUUUGAAAUAUUAUCCUUUCUCGUGUGCAAUGUAUCUUCACUUGAGAUCGCAAUAUAUCUUUGGUUGGGGGUCUAUUAGAGAUACAACAGAGUUUUAGUUGCUUUUCGUGGUAAAAUUACUUGGAAUUAUACUUUUAAAGCAACUUAUUGUUGACAAAUAAUUUUGAUAUGCUCUCUGUUAGAGGAACAGGAGUAAGCGUAGUCCCUUUCGCAACCGUUAUUUGGUCUCAACACUCCACGCGCUCUCUCUUCAACGGGGAAUAUUAGACACUUAAUACACUUCGUCUCGGGAUACAUCUGGACUCUUGAGAAAACAAAACUGUUUCCCACGCGACCAUACAUUAAGUGCUUUGUUAUGUAUUUAAAAUUUUCCUUAAACAAUCAUAUGGCGAAAACAUACUGUUGUAUUCGGCGCGCGGGCAACAUCUGCGCAAUUGUAUCCCAAUCACGACACAUUUGAAUUUGAUUAGGGCACGUGACCAAAAAUUAACCAAUCACAGUGCUCGUUUUGUUGAGUAAAAGUCUGGGUUUAUAACAAAUGGCAUUGUGUGAGGAGACCAAACAACAGCUGCGAGGGAAAGACCAUUAAGCGAGGCACCGAUGCGUUUGAUUUUUGCUCAGAAGUAUUAAGACAACAGACCACAAAAUACCUGUGUGAGUUCAGAUAAAUUUGGUUUUUUUUUAUUCUCUCAAGGUAAAGUAAUGCGAUAUUUUCGUCCGUUUGAAAGUUACACAAAGUGUUCCAUCUUAACUCGCUCAACCAAAAAAAAUAACUCGGGCAUGCUACGCAUGCUUAUGUUUACUAGAUGUUACUUUACUAUAACAUGCAGGACUGGCAUCUUUAAAAUAAAAUAAAUACGGUGGCUUAAAUUCGUUGUUCGUUGGGUUUUUUUUUCCCCAUACAGGUUCUUUUUCCUCCUCUUUGUCAUAUUUCUUAGCCUCUUGAUUUUCUGCUCCGUCUUCAUAACGAUUUUAAGUUACAACAUACGCAUGUGUCAGGAUGGGAAAGAGAGGAAGAACUUAAGAAGUCUCUUCGAAUGAGU